AUGUCUGACGUCGAAGAACAACAAAUUGUCGAGGAGGUUGCCGUUGAGCAGCAGGAUGCCGCCAUCACCAUCGAGGACGCUUUGAAGGUUGUCUUGAGAACCUCCCUCGUCCACGACGGUUUGGCCAGAGGUUUGAGAGAGGCCUCUAAGGCUUUGUCCAGAAAGGAGGCCCAGUUGUGUGUCCUCUGCGACUCCGUCACCGAGGAGUCCAUCAUCAAGUUGGUGGAGGCCUUGUGUAACGAGGGUGACGAGAAGAUCCCAUUGAUCAAGGUUUCCGACGCCAAGUUGUUGGGAGAGUGGGCCGGUUUGUGCCAGUUGGACAGAGAGGGUAACGCCAGAAAGGUCGUUGGUGCCUCCUGUGUGGUUGUCAAGAACUGGGGUGCUGACUCUGAGGAGAGAAACGUUCUCUUGGAGCACUUCUCCCAGCAGUAA